UCACCUCAUCAUUUGGUCUUGGUUCUUCUAAGCACCACCUCAUGUCCACUUUCUUUACUAUAACUAAUUUGUUUUCUAUAUAAUCACCACUCUCUAUCAUUCAGUCCUUCACCAUGGGAAGCAUGAAGGUGCAUCAGUUGGCACGUGGAUUCUGGGAGCACGAACCAUCUCUUACGCUUGGCUGCAAGCGUUUACGUCCUCUUGCUCCUAAGCUGGCAAACACAGACACCACUGUCACUGCUUUCGAUCUCAAGACCUUCAUUCGACCAGAAAGUGGCCCUAGAAAACUUGGAUCUUCUGACGACAAGAGAAAUUCUCCUCAGCAGGUGGAAACGCACCCUGGGGGGACACGGUGGAAUCCAACACAAGAACAAAUAGGAAUUCUGGAAAUGUUGUAUAGGGGAGGGAUGCGAACUCCGAAUGCACAACAAAUAGAACAAAUCACGGCGCAGCUAGGCAAGUACGGGAAGAUAGAAGGAAAAAAUGUGUUCUACUGGUUUCAAAACCACAAAGCUCGGGAGAGACAAAAGCAGAAGCGCAAUAGUCUUGGUAUUAGCCAUUGUCCCAGAACCCCAGCCGCCAGUUUUACCGCUAUAUCUUUGGACUCUAGACAGGGAAACCAAGUAGUAGCAGAGAAAGAGGGAGAUAGUCCGUGCAAGAGGAAGUGCAGAAGCUGGACAUUUGAAUGUUUGGAAGAUGAAGGAGAUAGAACUCUAGAGCUUUUCCCAUUGCACCCGGAAGGCAGAUGAAGGGGUUGGAAGAAAAUUUCAUUGAACUUUGUUCCAAUUUGUGAUCUACUUUGAUGUGCUUUUUCUUUCUUUGUUUCGGGAAAGAAGAAAGAUAAGUUGUCUCUUUGUACUCUACUGAUGUAUUAUUCCUGACUUAAUUAAAACCAAAGCGGUUUGUCACCCUUUAUAUAUUCCAUUUCACCAA